AUGGGCUCGGCAGGAUCAAAGGCAGCUCGCAAGCUUCCAAAGAACGUGGCCAGUGCCACACACCCGUCGCCCGCAGUUCCCCGUCCCCCUCCCGAGGCGUUUACUCCUCCUCCUCCUUCCGAGCAGCCAGCCCAAUCGACGGGUACCUUCGAUUAUGGUGCUGCUGGCGCUGCUCCAUCGCGGCCGGCUCCUGCUCAGGCUCGGGAUCUGCCGGAGAGGCAUCCUCUUCGCCCCCAGUUUAGCGGGGAGAAGGACGCCAACAUUCUCAAGGACGGUAUGGACCCCCAGUUCCUCGCCAAGCUCCAACAGUUGGGUCCCGUCGACCUCAACCGAGCUGAAAAGCUAGUCCGUGCUCCCGUCCGCGCGCAGCGCACCCUCGCCGCCCGUCGCGACGAGUACACCAACCCCUCCGCCACUCCACCGGCCGGCACAGUCACAGCGCAGAUGCUCGGCCACUUGCUCGACACACUGAAGACUCUGCCCGCGGGAGCCGACCCUACGCCAUACUACCAGCAGUACAACCUGACCGCCGAGGACCUGGCUGGAGUACGUCGUUGGAUCAACUCGCCCAGUGUCUCCGAGGAGACUGUUGCGCGCGUCGAUGAUGCCCAGGCGCAGACAAUGGAGCAGUUGGUUGAGCUGAAGGGUGUUUGGAUCGACGCCCAGGAUGCUGGUGCUCCCAAGCGCUGA